AUGGAGGAAACGACUCGCCGGGUGUGCAACAGGUUUGAAACCGGUUUAAUAUGGAAGUCGGACAACAUUGAGUUUCCGAACAGUUACCCUAUGGCUGUUCGGAGGCUUGAAGCAUUAGAGCGUAAGCUGGCUAAAGAUCCUGCUUUAAGAGCACGCGUGCAUGAGCAAUUAGACGAAUAUGUGGCGAAAGGAUACUGUCAUCGUGCCACGCCAAGUGAAUUAGCCGCUACAGAUAUUAAACGGGUCUGGUACCUGCCUUUGGGUAUAGUCGUCAACCCAAGAAAACCUGCUAAGGUGAGACUGGUGUGGGACGCCGCUGCACAAGUCAACGGAGUUUCGUUUAACUCGGUUUUACUAAAGGGACCUGAUUUGCUCACACCACUUGUUGCCGUCUUAAGUCAUUUCCGCGAACAUGAAAUUGCUCGAAAAAACUCCGGCGAAACCCCUCAGAUUUAUGUCAUCGAUGUGGCCACUUUCGGUUCGACGUGUUCGCCGAGUUCGGCACAAUUCGUCAAAAAUUUGAACGCGAAAGAACAUAUGGAGGAAUUUCCCCGGGCGGCGACAGCGAUUAUCAAAUACCACUACGUGGAUGCCUACCUUGACAGCUUUGCGACAGUGGAGGAGGCUAUCGAGGUUGUGAAGCAGGUAAAGCAUAUACAUGCUCGGGGCGGAUUCGAGAUCCGGAAUUUCCUAUCGAAUUCGGAACAAGUACUGUCGGCGAUUAAAGAUGCAUCGCCGAACGAAUCGAAGGAACUCAGUAUAGUAAGAGCAGAGAAAACCAAAUCUGUGCUGGGUAUGAGAUGGAAUCCAUACGAUGACGUUUUUUCGUAUGCGUUUUCACCGAAAGAAGAAAUUAUGGCAAUAAUGGACCCUACUCACAUCCCGACCAAACGUGAAAUGCUCAAGCUCGUAAUGAGCUUAUUUGAUCCGUUAGGAUUCAUAACUUUCUUCCUCAUUCACGGGCGGAUCUUGAUUCAAGACGCGUGGGCUGCGGGUCUCGGCUGGGACACCCCAGUUAACGAACGAUUGCUUGGCAAAUGGACCCUCUGGCUGAAUAAAUUCUCGGCACUUAAUACCCUUCGGAUACCCCGAAGUUACUUUACGCACAAAGUGGAUGAGCCGAAACAACUUCACGUGUUUGUAGACGCUAGUAAAGAAGCAUAUGCCUGCGUUGCAUAUAUCAGAGCAAUGGGGCCAAAUGGCAUUGAAGUUGCUAUGGUUGCCGCGAAAAGUAAAGUAGCGCCAAUCAAAGUACUGUCCGUGCCGCGAUUAGAACUUAAAGCCGCUGUCCUGGGAACUCGUCUCGCGAGUUCAGUAGAAUCUUCUCAUUCGUUUCGAUUUGAUCGAAAAUAUUUUUGGUCAGACUCAAAAACUGUACUCGCCUGCAUUAAUUCGGAUCAUCGAAAAUAUCACCAGUUUGUUGGUGUUCGAAUCGGGGAAAUACUUACGUCGACCCGAAUGAACGAAUGGAGGUACGUUCGCUCUGGACAGAACCCUGCUGAUCCAGCUACGAAAUGGGGCGCCGGACCAAAUUUCGACCUAGGAAGUCUGUGGUUUCGUGGUCCCACAUUUUUGUACGAUCCCGAAGAAACAUGGCCGGAGAAUCGUUCUUUCACCACUGCCACUGAACUAACCAGCGCCCAACAUUCGCACUGGCGGGCACCGCCACCGCUCAUUGAUGUGUCUCGCUUUAGCAAGUGGGAGAGGCUUCUACGGUCACAAGCCUACGUGAUACGGUUUAUAGAAAAUCUGAAACGUUUGAAAAGCGGGAAAAGUGUCUACAGCGGAAUUCUAACGCAAGAAGAACUGCAACGUGCCGAAAAGCUGUUAUGGAAACAGGCUCAAACUGAGGUUUUCGAGGUGGAAAGAAGAACAUUAUUAGAAACACAAGGAGGGCCGAACGCUCGCCAUAAUCUCGUGCUGAAAUCAAGUCCAAUUCAUAAGUUGUGGCCGUACUUGGAUGAGGAUGGAUUGCUCAGAAUGCGAGGAAGGAUUGGAGCUGCGUGGUAUGCACCAUACGAAGCUAAGUAUCCAGUGAUACUGCCAGAUACUCACUUAAUAUCUUACUUGCUUACAGACUGGUUCCACCGCCGCUAUCGCCAUGCCUAUCAUGAAACCAUCGUCAACGAAAUGAGGCAGCAGUUUGAGAUUCCAAAACUUAGAGUGCUAGUCAAAAAAGUCGCCAAACAUUGCUUAACCUGUCGACUAGCGAAAGCAAAUCCUCGUCCGCCGCCGAUGGCGCCGUUGCCGAAACAACGGCUCACACCGUAUGUCAGACCGUUUACAUACGUCGGGGUCGAUUACUUUGGGCCUCUGUUCGUGAAAGUAGGCCGCCAGGUAGUCAAACGCUGGGUUGCUCUCUUCACGUGUAUGACCGUGAGGGCAAUACACCUAGAAGUGGUGCACAAUUUGUCCACCGAAUCUUUUGUGAUGGCAGUUAGACGAUUCAUCGCUCGCCGGGGCGCUCCGGCUGAAUUCUUCAGCGAUAACGGCACUUGUUUUGGGGGGGCAAAUAAACAGUUGCAGAACGAGAUACAAUCUAGAAGCGAUGCAUUGGCGACCACGUUUACUAACGCAAACACACGUUGGAAUUUCAAUCCACCGGGUGCCCCUCACAUGGGGGGUGUCUGGGAGCGCCUGGUGCGGUCGGUUAAGCAAGCCAUUGGGACAAUAAUCGACUCACCCCGCAAACCCAACGACGAAACAUUGGCGACAGUACUAUCGGAUACAGAGUCGAUGAUCAACUCUAGACCCCUAACUUACGUGCCACUUGAAACAGCUGAUAAGGAAUCGUUGACCCCGAACCAUUUCUUACUCGGGAGCUCGUCAGGUGUAAAACAGCCGCCAGCGGCCCCGGUAGACCAUCGAGCCGUCCUCCGUAGCAGUUGGAAUCUUGCGUAG